GCCCCCGGGCGGGAAGGCGGAGAGGAGGCGCCGCCGCGCUCGAGGGGCCAGCAGUAUGCCUCUGCGGCUCCAGCCCCGGGGUGCGGGGACAAAGAACCCUGCGGCCGCGGCGUCCUCUUCGUCCGCCCCGGCGCUGACGGCGGCUUCCCCUUCCCCGACCCUCCCCGGACCGAAGCCGCUGCUGCGCUGGGACGAGGUGCCCGACGACUUCGUGGAAUGCUUUAUACUGUCAGGCUACCGGCGGUUGCCUUGCACAGCGCAGGAGUGUGUGGCGUCGGUGCUCAAGCCCACCAACGAGACGCUCAACUUCUGGACGCACUUCAUCCCGCUGCUGCUGUUCCUGAGCAAAUUCUGCCGCCUCUUCUUCCUGAGCGGCCGCGACGACCUGCCCUUCCACCACCCGUGGCUGCUGCCCCUGUGGUGCUACGCGUCGGGCGUUCUGCUGACCUUCGCCAUGAGCUGCACGGCCCAUGUGUUCAGCUGCCUGUCGUUGCGGCUGCGUGCCACCUUCUUCUACCUGGAUUACGCCUCCAUCAGCUACUACGGCUUCGGCAGCACUGUGGCCUACUACUACUACCUGCUGCCGGGCCUCAGCCUGCUCGAUGCCAGCGUCAUGACACCCUACGUGCAGCAGCGCCUGGGCUGGCAUGUGGACUGCACGCGGCUCAUCGCAGCAUACCGAGCGCUCGUGCUGCCCGUGGCCUUCGUGCUGGCCGUAGCGUGCACCGUGGCAUGCUGCAAGAGCCGCAGCGACUGGUGCACGUACCCCUUCGCACUGCGCACCUUCGUGUUCGUCAUGCCACUCAGCAUGGCCUGCCCCAUCAUGCUGGAGAGCUGGCUCUUCGACCUGCGUGGAGAAAACCCCACGCUCUUCGUGCACUUCUACCGCCGCUACUUCUGGCUUGUGGUGGCCGCCUUCUUCAAUGUGAGCAAGAUCCCCGAGCGCAUCCAGCCGGGGCUCUUCGACAUCAUUGGCCACAGCCACCAACUUUUCCACAUAUUCACCUUCCUCAGCAUCUACGACCAGAUGCACUACGUGGAGGAGGGGCUGCGCCAGUUCCUCGAGGCCCCACCCGCCUCGCCCACCUUCUCGGGCACGGUGGGCUACAUGAUCCUCCUCGUGCUCUGCCUGGGCCUGGUCAUCAGGAAGUUCCUAAACGUGGCCGAUCUGUGCAAGGAGGACUGAGGCUGCACAAAGGAGGAGAUGGACCAAAGGAAAAGGAGAGGUGGGGGCCAGGCGGCCACAUGGUCAACCCUCCUGGCUCCAUGAUGGGAGUUCCCGGGUGGGGCUUCUUGAUCUGGCAGGUUUGGCUUCGUUGGUUUUCCUCUCUCCCCUGGAAUGGAUGCUGCAAAAUCGCAGGGGGUAGGGGGCGAGAUUACUCCCACCCAGCAUCGGACCCCAAUUCCCCCCACCUAAGCCUUUGCAUGGCCCUUUACUGACCGGGAAGCAAUCAAGCCACUGGGGGGGGGGGGGGGGGAGAAAUGUUCAUGUUAUAUGGUUCAGAAAAAAGAGAAAAAACACAGAGGACAGCCUUGUGAUUUGGGGGAAGGGGGUAAUCAGCGGGAUUUUAUCUUUUCUUUAAACGCACAACUACUUGCUUUUAGGACAACUAUCCCCCUGGAUUGCGCCCUCCCCUCCCCCCAAGUGAAAGAGGGUUAAUGAUAAUCAUUUUAAAGCCCACUGCUGCUUCCACGCUCUUGGGCUCUCUAAGAAGAAUUGGAAGCCCAGUAACUUAAUCAUGAUGUU